CCCCUAUAAAACUAUUCAAUUCUCUUCCUUCCCUCUUCCCCCAAACCCUAGAAAUUCCCUCCUUGUCCUGAAAGUCAGUGUCGUCCUAUACAUAAAUACAUAUAUAAAUAUAUAAUUUGUUUAUUCAUUAAUUUGUUGACUUUGUGUGGUUUUCACUUUUGGGUUCUUUCAAACACUCUGAGAGACAGAGCGCAAUGGAAGGAGCAGCAGGUCUCUACAACCCGCGAACAGUCGAGGAGGUUUUUAGGGAUUUCAAGGGCCGCCGAGCUGGUAUGAUCAAAGCCCUGACAGCUGAUGUUGAAGAAUUCUAUCAGCAGUGUGAUCCAGAGAAGGAGAAUCUGUGCCUUUAUGGCUUUCCUAGUGAGCAAUGGGAAGUCAAUUUACCUGCUGAAGAAGUGCCCCCAGAGCUCCCAGAGCCUGCACUGGGAAUUAACUUUGCGAGAGAUGGCAUGCAAGAAAAGGACUGGCUAUCUUUAGUCGCUGUCCAUAGUGAUGCAUGGCUGCUUGCUGUUGCCUUCUAUUUUGGUGCUAGAUUUGGAUUUGAUAAGGCUGACAGGAAGCGGCUCUUUAACAUGAUAAAUGAUCUCCCAACAAUUUUUGAAGUGGUGACUGGUGCUGCAAAAAAACAAGGGAAGGAAAAGCCAUCUGUCUCAAAUCAUGGUGGCAACAAAUCCAAGACAAACUCCAAAAUGCAGCGGGCAUCAGAAUCUCAGGGAAAAGAUUCAAAGGCCUCACAGACAAAGGAUGAGGAUGAGGUCGUGGAUGAGGAAGAUGAGGAGGAUGAGCAUGGAGAGACCUUGUGUGGAGCAUGUGGGGAGAAUUAUGCGUCAGAUGAAUUCUGGAUUUGCUGUGACAUCUGUGAGAAGUGGUUCCAUGGCAAGUGUGUAAAGAUUACACCAGCUAGGGCUGAGCAUAUUAAGCAGUACAAGUGUCCAUCCUGCAGCAACAAGAGAGUUCGCCCUUGACGUUGCCAAGCGGUGCGAUCUCUUUCUGUCUGUCUCUCUCUCACUUUGUUUAGUAGUUUUAGUUUUAAAAACUAGUGCAACUUGUGAAUGCGUCCUUUGGUUUAGGGAUCUCAAUUUUGGACAGUUACGUUUAGUUUUGUAGUUUGGAUCUCCCCUGUUUAGCUUCACACGUCUUGUAAUAUUUACAGUUUUUAGAAAUACGUCUAUUUGUAGUAGUGUAAGACGUGUCUUCCUUCUCACGAUUGAUGUUAACUUGUCCGAUGCAUUCUCGGCUGUACUAUCUUUCCAUGAACGUGACAUUCAGGAUUUCUCAUCCGCAUGAAAUUGUAAUGCGUAUUCAUUACCCCACUCUCAGGUCAUAUUUGGCCAAAAAGGGGAAUCAAUGUAUCGUAUUCUUGUAGCA